AUGAAGCGACCUGCUGGCGACCAUGACAACUCUCUUGAGGACAUUAGGAAUGAUUCAGAGAAGCGACCGAGAAUGGAACAAGAUCAGAUCGGGAGGCAUCAGGCUUAUCCUUUUAGGCCUGAACACAGGCCGUUCGUUCUUCCAGAUGACAAUGGAGUGGCCGGGCCCAGCCCUCUUACUACGCCUGUCCAACACUGUGAUCUCUACAAUAAUCCAGAUGACGCCGCUCAUGGGAUGGAUGUACCGAUGUCCAAGAUGAUCAAUAACCUUUGCAACCAUCUUCCACUCUCUCCUGCAACAUCCCGUUCUUCAACCCCUGUUAGCGAGGAUGUCUUCUCAAUCACUCAUUCCAAUCUUGACUCUCCGCCUCGGAGCCCUGUUACAGACCCCGGCGAGGAUUAUCUGUCAAGUAGGCUGCGAAACUCCUUUGCAGACUGUACUUUGCAAAGCCCUCGCCCAAUAUCCUCUCAAACUUGCUCAGAGUCUCCUCCCUGCUUGCUUUCACCAGAGUACUAUCAGGACCCUCCCUUUUUUAAGCCCACCCUUACCUCUGUCUUCGCAGACAAGAGCACCUUCCUCUCUCAUAUGGACAUACGGUUCGCUAGCAUGCCUUCUGAGAUUGAGCCGAGAGACGCUCCUGUCUGCUUUGAACAGCAGCGCCUGGCAAUGGAGAACUCUUUUCUUCCCGACCCACAGGAACGGGCUCUGUCUUGGAUCAUGUCGCACUACACCACUGCCAUGUCAUCCCAUGGGCCCCUCGAAAGAUUUCCAGGCUAUUAUACGGAGGAAGAUUAUCCUGAGAUUGAAAUUACCUGGGAAGACACUUCUAGCAGCUAUGUAGACUGUGAUCCCAUUCUGCCUGAGGUUGGCAUCAAGAAAUCUUCGAAAAGCCAGACAAUGUACACAUCUAUGGAGAUUGAUCCUUACGGCUUUGGUAUGAGCAGUUUCAAUAUUGCCAGAUUGCCAGAGUGGGUUCGCGCCAGGAUCAUGUCUUUCUGUACUGAGCCAAAAGACCUCAUUACCCUGAUCAAAUCAUCUCCAGUCUUCCUUCAACCAUUUUGUCGGAACCGUCGUGCCAUCGUCAGCCAAGUCAUCAAGGGCAUGAGGUUUCGCUUCGGCGAUGAUAUGCCUCACAGCUGUCUUAUGGCAGCACGGCUCCGUAAUAUGGAAUCAAAGGGUGCUGAGGGCAGUCCUGAGGAUCUCAAGGCCACUGCCAAAAGAACCAUCAAGUCAAUUUUAAGGCUCCCUCCAAAGGGGGCUCUGCUCCAUCCCUUGUACAGUCUUCGGCUCCUUAUGUUUAUCUCUGACACCCUUGAUAAAGCUGAAAUUGUGAUGACAAGCUAUGCGCAUCAAGCAUGGACAAAUAAAACUGGGGUCAAGAAGCUGGGACCGUCUCAUACCGCUGGAGAUCUCGUGCUCUCUCAGACUGAGAAAAAAAGGUUCAUAGAUGCUAUCUGCCUCUACCAUGCUUAUUGCAUAGCUUUCUUCUCUGAAAAUGCGAUUUCAUCUUAUGAUGACACCACGCUACGGCAGAGCUUCCUUGAAGAUGAUGGCGUACCGGGUGAAAUCAUCAAGCGGUUCUACAGCAUCACACUCUACCUAUACCACUUCUAUCAUUAUUGGAUAAGUAUUGCUAUAAUGAAAAGGCACUAUGACCUUUCUGCAAAGGGCGAGGACCCCAGCCUUUUUCUUCCUUCGAAAAAGCACAUCGGCCAACUUGUCAACCAUUUUGUCUGUAGCGGGCCAAAUGUUUUCCGAAUGCUGCAAGACAUGGGGGCUCCAGGACGGUAUGACUUUAUUCUAAAAUUGCUUGAUCGCUGCGAGACAGAUGCAGAAUAUCUCCAGAAAAUCACGUCCUCGCAGAGCAGAGGAGACAAGCAAGUCUGGGCAUAUCGCGAGAUGGCGGACCUUAAUCAGCAAGCGGUACGAACGGCACAGCAUUUCUGGGAUCCAGUUCUUGUCGGGAGUAUAAAAUGA